CAGGAGGGAGGGAGGGGCCGCGGUCCGGCUCGGGAGCGCACGUUCGCCGCCUCCAGCCCACGAUGAACCACCGUGUCGUCCGCUUCCGCUCCCCCUCCCCCAAAGAAUGUGGCCGUCGAAAGGCGGGCUGCGCGUCGCUCACCGUGCCCGGUCCGCCGUGGGCAUGAACCGCGGCAGCUCCUCGGCGUGGGACAGAGAAAUCGGUCUCUUUUGGCUCCUCGGAGGCGCGGUAGGGGGAGCGUCCGGCGAGUCCCUAGCAACCGUUGCGCGCGCUCCGCAGCUUGCAUUCACUGAGGCCCGCCCACAGGGUGUCUGGUUGGUUCUUGUCGCCUGUCACUCUGCGCAAGGCGUUCCGCGAUUGGUCGGUGGGCUGGAAGCGCGCGGGAUCUUUACGUUGUGAAUCCUUCGGGGGACGAUCGCCGGGCUCAGGUUAGGCUAGCGGGCCAGUGAACGCUGGGGAUUCACUUAUCUUCACCCCCUAAUCCUGGGAUUGCAGCACUUCCAGCACUUCUGGAGACCCGGCUUCUGGAGCCCUUGCCUCAAAAACCAAAAGUGAGGGCUGUUGGAGGCGGGAGCUUGGUGACCAGUUGGCCUGCUCUCCAUGGAGGACAGAGGUCCACCUGUCUUUGCUGAAGACUGCAGAUUCUUGUCUGGGAGUCCUCCUGCCCAGGAAGGUCCCGCUACCCAUACCCCCUCUGAGCUCUGCAAGCCACUCUCCAUAGCUCAUAGACACCUGAGCAGGAAGAAUGGGCUUUCCAGACUCUGCCAGAGCCGGAUGGCACUCUCUGAGGACAGGUGGAGCUCUUACUGCCUCUCAUCUCUGGCUGCGCAGAACAUUUGCACGAGCAAACUGCACUGCGCUACUGCGCCUGAGCAUGCCGACCCUGCAGCGGGGCUACUGGGCAGCCCCUCCUGCUGUUCCUUGCUUCGUGGCCUGGCUUCAGGGUGCUCUGCACCCCUGCUCUCAACUCCUGUGUGCAACCCCAACAAGGCUGUCUUCACCGUGGAUGCCAAGACCACAGAGAUUCUGGUUGCCAAUGACAAAGCCUGCAGCCUCCUAGGGUACAGCAGUCAUGACCUGAUUGGCCAGAGGCUUGCCCAGUUCUUCCUCAAGUCUGAUUCCGAGGUGGUGGAAGCCCUCAGCGAGGAGCAUGUGGAAGCUGACGGCCAUGCUGCAGUGGUGUUUGGCACGGUGGUGGACAUUGUCAGCCGAAGUGGGGAGAAGAUUCCGGUCUCUGUGUGGAUAAAGAGGCUGCAGCAAGAACGUGGCUUGUGCUGUGUCGUGGUUCUGGAGCCUGUGGAGAGGGUCUCAGCCUGGGUUACCUUCCAGAGUGAUGGAACCAUCACAUCAUGUGACAGUCUCUUUGCUCAUCUCCAUGGGUUCACAUCUCCAAAGGAUGUAGUUGGGCAGUAUGUCACAGACUUGAUUCCAUCUAUGCAGCUCCCUCCUCCUGGCCAGCAUGUCCCAAAGAGUCUCAAGAUUCAAAGGUCCGUUGGGAGAGCCAGAGAUGGUACCACCUUCCCUCUGAGUCUGAAGCUGAAAUCCAAGGCCAAUGGGAAGGCUGAGGCUGAGAGUGAGGCUGCCUCUGAACCAGGUUACCAGGCAUCCGUGUGGGUGUUCUGUACCAUCAGUGGCCUCAUCACCCUCCUGCCUGACGGCACAAUUUAUGGUGUCAACCACAGCUUUGCACUAAUGUUGUUUGGUUAUAAGAAGACGGAGCUCCUGGGCAAGAAUAUCACUUUCCUGAUUCCUGGUUUCUACCACUCCAUGGACCCCGCAUGUGACAGUUCUGUACAGCUGCCAGAUCUUGUCAACUGCCUGGACAUUGGCAGUAAGAGUGGUCCAGGGGAGAUGAGCUCUGAUGUCCAGCAGGACUGGGAACUGGCCAGUGGGGCCCAGGGUCCAAGGGUAGAUGCAGUGUUGGCCCGUGACCACAUGCUGUCACAAGAUGAGACCUUGCAGCUAGUAGGAGGACAAGUCUCCCUCAGGACGCAGACGCGGUUGGAAACUGGAUGCCAGAUACUUCCUUCUUACUCGUCUCAGGCCGCCCUGGGGGUGGACAGCAACCCAGUUUAUGGUGAGCGUUCAUUGCCCACAGACCAUGGUGGACAAUUACUGUCUCAGAACCAGCAAGACACUCCAGAAGAAUCCCCACCAGUCCUUAAUGAACAUUUAUUGUCUGAGAUUCAGAAAAAUACCUCAGAAGAAAGCCCACUAACCCACAGGAAAUGGUUAUUGCCCAAGGCCCAGCAAGACACCACAGAAGGAAGCCUGUCAGUCCUCAAUGAGCAGUUAUUGUCUGCAGGCCAGCAUAUCAGUGUCUCGGAGAAGGAGACUCCUCCAGCCCCAGAGAGUUAUGGGCAGGGUCUUUUAGAAGAAAGCAGGUCCAAACAAAAGGAUGCAGAACUGUUUGCUUCUUCAUGUGAAGAUUCUGAGCCUCUGGUCCCAGUGAAGGACAGGAGCAGCAGCAUGGACGUGUGCAGUCUGCAUCAGGAAGCUCAGCUAGAGCUGAUGGGUGUCAGCAGUCCCAGCAGUCCUAACCUCUGGGUGGAUGCCACCAUGCCUGAGCCCCACACCGCAGGGCAGCUAGCAGGAGGGGGCUUCCUGACACACUGCCCACAGUAUAGGAGUGAGUGGCUCUUACAACAGCGAGGCCAGGACUUGGCUUCCAGCCCCUCUGGAAUGGCCUGUGUCUUGCUUGGGACACCCACUCUGGAUGAACCAUGGCCAGGAGUGAGAAAUGACCGAGAAGAGCUGCAAACUUGCUUGAUUAAGGAACAGUUGUCCAAGUCGAGCAUUGGGGGAACUCUGGGCCUCUCCUCUUGUGUGGAACUUGUCCCAGCAGAACAUCCUCCCUUCACCGCCCCUGUGUCCUUCUGUGACCUGGGAGGGCGAGACCUACAUGCUAGCCGCUCGGGCAGCUCCUCGGCCUGCUAUGCUUUGGCCACUGACCUCCCUGGUGUCCUGGAGGCAGUGGAAACCCAGGAGACGGAUGUGAGUUCUUAUUCCUGGAACCUCCGGGAGCUCUUUCUCAAUGACCAGACAGACAGAACUCCGUCACACUGUUCAUGUGCCACAUCUGAACUCAGCGAGACACCUUCUCCUUCAGUGGUGGACUCAGAUUUAGAUGUGGGUGCUCUGAACAGGCAGGGUUCUGAUAUUCUAGGUGACCGAGAGAUGUUGCUCCUGACCGGCACCUAUUUUGACCUUGGCGAAGGCCGACAGUUCCAGGAGAUGGACGCAGGAUAUGAUCGGGCAGAACUGUCUGGCAUUUCUUUGGUAUCCUCUAAACACUAUGAAACUAGUGACAUAGAAAGCCCAGGCCAUGGCCCUUCUGUACCAGAUCCUGGUCCUUGUGGUAUGUGCCUAUCAGCAGAGACGCCCAGGCUGAGUGCCCAGAUCACGUCUACUCCUGUGGCACCUGGGGCCCCCGUCCUGCAGCCGGAGAUCCAGGAGGGCAUCUACUCUGGAAGCUGCUACCACCGAGAUGGCUUACGACUGAGUAUACAGUUUGAAGUGAAGCGCGUGGAGCUCCAGGGCUCUGCAACCCUGUUCUGCUGCUGGCUGGUGAAGGACCUCUUACAUAGCCACCGGGACUCAGCCACCCGAACCCGCCUGUUCCUUGCCAGCCUGCCUAGCUCUACCCACUCCAUGCCCGAGCUCUCUCGAUCCAGCAUCGGAGAGAUGCUCAGAGCCAAGCCUUGGUUUGAGGAGGCCCCAACACCCGCAGAGCUGGAGGGGCUGGCGGCCUGUGAGGGCGAAUACUCCCUUAAGUAUAGCACCAUCAGCCCACUUGGAAGUGGGGCCUUUGGCUUUGUGUGGACUGCAGUCGAGAAGGAACACAACAAAGAGGUGGUGGUGAAGUUCAUUAAGAAGGAAAAGGUUUUGGAAGACUGUUGGGUUGAGGAUCCCAAACUUGGGAAAGUCACGUUAGAGAUCGCCAUUCUGUCCAAGGUGGAUCACGCCAACAUCAUCAAGGUUCUGGAUAUAUUUGAAAACCAAGGAUUCUUCCAGCUAGUGAUGGAAAAGCAUGGCUCUGGCCUAGACCUCUUUGCUUUCAUAGACCGCCAUCCUUGCUUGGAUGAGCCCCUGGCGAGUUACAUCUUUCGACAACUGGUGUCUGCUGUAGGCUACCUGCGCUCCAAAGGCAUCAUCCACAGAGACAUCAAGGAUGAGAACAUUGUGAUUGCUGAGGACUUCACAAUUAAGCUGAUAGAUUUCGGCUCAGCUGCCUACCUAGAAAGAGGCAAACUAUUCUAUACCUUCUGUGGGACAAUAGAGUACUGUGCACCCGAAGUUCUCAUGGGAAACCCCUACCGAGGGCCAGAGCUGGAGAUGUGGUCUCUGGGGGUCACUCUCUACACGCUUAUCUUCGAGGAGAAUCCCUUCUGUGAGGUGGAGGAGACCAUGGAGGCAGUCAUUCACCCCCCAUUCCUGGUUUCCGAAGAACUUAUGAAUCUUCUAUCUGGGCUGCUGCAGCCUUCCCCUGAGCAGCGGACCACUUUAGAGAAGCUGAUCAUAGACCCCUGGGUGACACAGCCUGUGGACCUUGCUAACUACACCUGGGAAGAGGUGUGUCGGAUCAACCAGCCAGAUAGUGGCCUGUUGUCAGCUGCAAGUUUGGAGCUUAGGAGCAGGAGUCAAAGUUCAGUGACUCACAGAAAGGGUUUUGAUGGGCCUUCUCCCAGGGAGGCUCCUAGUGACCAGCACUGCCUGCAUCUCGAGGACCCCUCUCUGCCAGUCAGCUGAAUGAAAGCUCUCUCCUGCUAUUUUCUACUCUGUUUGGGAAAUUGUGUGGAAUUCAGGCUUCCUACAUGAAGAAAGGAAAUCCUGAAAAAUUGGGAUGACUUCCCCUUCUACAGAUUCCUGUGCAAGUGUUAACACAAAAAGCCUGCAAUAUUAUGUAUAUUGGUUUUAAGUUUAUGAAAGACUUGUAAUUCAUGGGUUUGUUUUUUUUUUAUAGCCUUGAAAACGCAUUCUAGUGUCCAGUUACUUUGUAGUAUUAAAGGGCUUUAAGUUAUGAGCCUCGGAAAGGAGUAUUUUAAUUCUUUAUUUUUUGUUGUUUUGUUCUUUGCUUUUAAGUUUUUGAGACAGGAUCUGACCAUGUAACUGUGGCUGACCUUGCAGUCAUAGAGCAGCCUCCUGAGUGGUAGGAUUAAAGAUGUGUGGCACCAUGCCUGGCUCUUUGUGCAUGCGUGCGUGUAUGUGUGUGUGUGAAUAUGUAUAGGUUUCUUUCCCACUGACUUGGUAUGUAUGAUAGAUGUGUGGAGUCCAUAGAGCUGGCUAGACAAAAAGGACCAGAAUGUUUAUUUUCUUGAACUUCUUCCAAAUUAAAGCUACUUAGUUAAUAGUUACCCUGGCUAGGCCUCUAUGGGACAUGAGAAAUACUUGGUUAUUUCUGUACACCACUUAUCAUAGCUAAAAAGAAAUCUAUCCUGGUUUAGUCUGGGGCUUCAGGCUUUCUCUAUCAACCAUUAAUGCCCUGCUAGCUCUUUCCGACAUCUGUGACUGGUCCAGCUCUACUUCGUCCGUGUGAAAGGCACUAACUGUACCUUUGUGUGUAGGUGAAGAGUUUCAACCCUACUGUCACUGUGUGUGAGGGUUUCUAGGUCCUGCUCCCAGAAGUCAGUGACAUUUUAGCUUUUGAUUUCAGAUGAGCUCUUUCCCCAAGAAGGAAACAAACAUAUUUCCUUGUAGUCUUUAUUAUACAUAGAGCACAAUAUAUUGCAAUUUUUUUUCAGACAGUAGUGUAGUGGACUGAAGAUACAACAUUCACCUUUCCAAGAAUCAUUUCUAUAUUAGAAAAAAAUAGUUAAAGCUUUCGGUUAUAGGCGGGGUAGUGGUGGUGCACACUUUAAUCCUAGUACUUGGGAGGCAGAGGCAGGUGGCUUUCUCUGAGUUCAAGGCCAGCCUGGACUACAGAGUGAGUUCCAGGACAGCCAGGGCUGUUUCACAGAGAAACCCUGUCUUGAGAGAAAAAAAAAAAAGCUUUUGGUUAUAGUGUAUGAUAUCGUAUUGAUGUUCUUUGCAAGAAAACUAAACCAAACCAAACAAAAACUCUCAAAACCUUGGAGACUAAAGUUCUGAGUUGAAGCUGAUAAUUUUCCCUCUUGGAAUUUCAAGUCUGAUUCAAGAAUGCAAAGUUUUGUGAAGACUAAAGAUUCUGCCAGGCUUUCAUAGUAGCCCUAUGUUCUAGCCAUCACUUUAUCCCAGAGCUGACUUAAUUUGUUCAGGUUCCUAGAUUAUUUUCAAGAAGUUAGGGUGGCAUAGGCUUUCUUAGGCUUUAGGUGUAAAGGCCUAAAAUGAUAUUUAUUUAGAAAGAAAAUUAAGACAAAAGAAACUAAUUCUUGAGUUUACACAGAUGACAACUUUCAUGUCCCUUUAUACAACCCUUCUGUCAAAGGUGUCUAAACACUUCAGCACUAGAUCAGUGUCUAGCACAGAGCAGGACUAUGUUUACUGAUGUAACAACCAGAUCCCUUUUCUCAGAUAAGAAGCCAAUAAACCAGGAAGAAAUAGAUAUAAUUACUUACAAGUGGUGAGAUUUAGGCAGUUGUGAGAGCACAGCUUUUUAUCUUUUACUGUUCUCUCCUUCUAAAAGGUUCCCAGGCUCUUUGCCUAAACAGGUCUAAGAUGCAACUUUAAUGCAUACAAAUUGGUAUGGAACAUUCUGGUGUUUCAUCCUUGUGGGAAAUCAGACUUCUGGGAUUAGAGGGCUCUGUUGUUUAUAAGUGGAAAUUUGUUUUUGUUUUGUUUGGUUUGUUUUUUUGAGACAGGGUUUCUCUGUGGCUUUGGAGGCUGUCCUGGAACUAGCUCUUGUAGACCAGGCUGGUCUUGAACUCACAGAGAUCCAUCUGCCUCUGUCUCCUGAGUGCUGGAACUAAAGGCGUGCGCUACCACCACCCUGGCUGUUCCUUUCAUCUUAUUACUUGGACCAUGUAUUUUUUUAAACACUAGUAGACAUCUUUGUGUGUGUGUGUGUGUGUGUGUGUGUGUGUGUGUGUGUGUGUGUGUGUGUGUGUGUUGUAUGUGUAUUACAUGCUUGCAGUUACAGUUGGGUGUUUUCUGUAACUUCCUCUCUGUAACUGGAUCUAUGUUUCUUUUUGGCUAGGUUGGCAUUCAAUAAGGCCCGUUGAUCCUCCUGUCUCCUUCCCUGUAGGUGCUGGGAUUACAGGCACGCAUGAGACCACACCUGGGUUUUUAUGUGGGAAUUGGGGUCUGAACUGCUGUUAAUUGCUGAGCCAUCUCUUCGGCCUCUAAAACGACUGACUUCUUUUGGUGUGUAUGGCCAGGUAUCACAUUGAACACAGAAUUAAAGAAAAAUAAACUAUUA